AUGGCUGAUCGACGACCACUCAUCCCGGAAUCACCAGACGUCUCAGAGAACUCAGGAAAUCCCCCCGCAUUGCCGUCGCUUGGCUACUCGAACAACUCGCACUCUCCACAUGUCAGUAGCCCGUCAUCUGGGCGAGCCAGCUUUACAAAGUACCAGAGCGACAUAACCGCUGUCGGCCGAAACACUCCGAGCAUCGUGCCAGAAGAAGAGGAAGAGGAGCACAUUGCAGACAGCUUCCGAUCUGGCAAGGAUAGCGGCUUGGGCAUAGCGGCUUCUGGUGCCAUCCCGCAGACUGCCAGGCGUGUCAGCAUACAACCUUUUGCUCGCAGAGUCUCCGGUCCUGGUCCCAAAAGCCCGCCUACGAAAAGUCCCGGUGCUAUCUCUUCCCCAGGCUCGACUGAUCCAUAUUUUGGUAGCUUCCCCAGAAGUUCCGUCGAGUCUACUCCAGAUCUAAGACGAGAGAGAUUCAGCCCCGACGUCGGCAGGGGAAGUCCAGAUAUCGGCACGUAUGAAGAAUUCCGCCAUGGAAUACUAAAGAACGCAAAACGUAGCAACACGAGCAUAAAUGAAUACGAAAACUACAUACAUACCUCCGAUACCGACAGACUACAAGGAGGUGGUGCUGCUCCUUCGAUAAAAUCUGCUUACGAAAAUGACUUCCGCCCGACGCAUGAAUGCGCAACUACGAGGGACUUCUAUCAGCCAAGUAUCACUUGGCUCAAUAUGUCCCUGAUCUUCGUUUGUUUGUUCUCCUGCGUAUUCUCGGGCAUUUUCUUGGCCCUCGCCAUCCGCGCACCUCAUUAUGGUAGACUCAUCACCAGUCACGGCCCAAUUACUCCAGCUGAUGCAAUUCUGCUCACAACAGUCUUGGCCAAGCUAAUAGAAUUGUCCUUUGUUACCGCCUUCGUUGCCUUUCUUGGGCAGGUGCUCAGUCGAAGAGCGUUCAUGAAAGACCAAGGGCGCGGUGUCACUCUUUCUGAACUAAGUAUGUGGAGAUGGAUUGUUCAGCCGGGCACACUCGUGACGCAUCCAGACAUGGCAAAGUAUGCUGGUUUGUCUUUUUUGGGCGUUAUGAGUCUAUUAAGCGCUGUCUUGGCGACGUUGUACACAUCUGCUGCUGCUGCUACUGUCCAACCCAUGCUAAGAGACGGCAAUUGGGACAAGGGCUUAGUACUGGCAGGUCGUGUUAAGAGUGAUUUUGCCAACAUCAAUUACCUCAAAGCCGCGUGCCCAACACCUAUCCGUACCGACCGUGAACAUCAGGGAGAGACAUGCUUACAAAUGGAGCAUGCUGGCCAAGGACAAUGGAUAAACAUGAUCAACACGACCGAAGUAUCGAAGAAGCAUGGCAGAGCAAUCAACAAUAUAACCAUGGCAAUGCCUCACGCAGGUGUUUUCGCUGCUGCUCGCGACCAGCGCAAUGGGAUUUUACAACCUGAGGAGCUGAAUUCCGAAGGAACAUACUCGCUGCGUGCCUCGGUGCCAUCGCCAGUCGUAAACGUGUUAUGCGCCAACAUGAAUAAGACAGAGCUAGCGCCAAUUAUUUACAAUGCGUGGCCUAACAACGAUACCAUCAACGUCACCACGUGGGGGGAAUCUCCGAGUAUCCGAGACAAGGCUACCACAACUAACAGAACUGUAGUAGAUGACAUAUUCGGAUGGGAUGUGAACGAUACCACUACACUGAACUGGCCGCCCGUAUUUGGCAGAUAUCCUACGCCUUUCAACACCGUCUUGAACCAUACAAGCAACAGAUGGGGACGACCUGCAAUAUAUAUACUUGGACAAGGUGGACCUGACGACAUGGGCAUUGACGGUACCGGCAUAUAUUCGUUGUGCAAGAUACAUGUAUCUAUAAAAGCAGGAUGCAGUACGCGGCACGAUGUUAGUGGGUCCGGUGGUACUAUGGAAGCAAUUUGCGACGAUCCUCACGACAAGAUGGCCUUUGUUGAGACGGGAACGGAACCUAGCACCAACGCCCAAGGCGUCGCCAAUUGGCGCGACAUAGGCACUGACUGGGCGAACAGUCUUUCCUUAGGAACGGGCCUUAUGGACGCAAAUGCGAGUACUUCUAGGUUAUUAACGCAACUGAUUUUGAAGCCCUCCAAUACGGAUCCGACCAGCUUUCAGGUGGACCUGAGUAAAGCUAUACCCAGUCUAGCAGAAGCACUGGCUGUCUUGUCCGCUUGUACGCUACUCUUGAGCAUGUUAGAUGCGCCAUUCGUGACAUUCUGGAAUUAUACACAUCCUGCGCUCGACGAAUACCAGACACAAUACUUCAACGCAUCUCUAAAAGCCCAACAAUACGCUUCCGGAGGCAUGUCUGGCGCUGGAAAAGCUUGGAUCAUCAUAUUAGCACUUGUGUUCUUCAUGAAUAUCUUCGUCCUCGUAUACUUCAUCUUUCACCGCGGCUUAGUAACAGACUUCACCGAACCACCCAAUCUUUUCGCGCUUGCCGUCAAUUCACCCCCCUCUCAUGUCCUUGCUGGAUCAUGUGGAGGUGGACCAGAGGGCAAACAGUACAUGGUUAAUUGGUUCGUCAACCACGAGGGUGACCACUUGUACAUGGAACCUGGUGAGAAGUCACAUCUUCUAAGCGGCCACGGCCAACCUCAUACACAUGCCCAUCCCCACGAUAAGUCUCAGGAAAAUUCACUACAAAACUCGAACAAUAGUGGUGGCUUUUUCGCUUCGAUAACGGAAACGAUCAGGAGAGGCUUGGGAAUGAAAGAACGCUAUGCGCCAACGAGACUUCGAUCAGCAAGUGCUGUGGAAAACUUCCGGUCUUCUGCAACACCAAGAACGGGUACUAUGGCCUCGGAUUAUGAAAUGCAAGAAGGCCACACGAGGUUACAACGGAAUUUCCGGACUUUGGCGAAGAGGAGGAGUGUUUUGUAA